AUGAAAAAACUCUCUAAUGCUCUCAAACCUUUAACAUUGCUCACUUUGGGAGGAGCAAGAGUGAGUUUGAGACCUACUAGUUUAAUUAUUAAUAAACUGCAAAGUAAGACAACUUUUGGAUAUCAUUCAACACACAAAAAUAAUAGUACAACAAAAACAACAUUAGAAGUUCCACAAACUUCCGAUUCAAAAGAAAAACAACAAUAUGAUUUUCAAAAAUUACCAAAACUUUAUUAUUUAUUUGUGAUUGGAGGCAGUCUUGUGAUUAUAGCAAAUUUUGUAGCAAUUUAUUUUGCAAAACAAGAAUUUGAUGAAGCAAUUGGAAAAUUCUCUUUGGAUUUUAUUGGAAAAGAAUCAUUUAGUGAUGAAGAAAUUGAACAAUUAAAAUCAUUGAUUAAAUCAACUACAGGACUUUUAAAAGUUGGAUAUUACCAAAAGAUUUUCUAUGAAUCAAAUUUAUUGAAAGAUUUAACAUCACUUCAAGGAAAAACAAUUACAAGUGAAACAUCUAAACAAUACGAAGUUCAAUUGUUAAUUGAUAAUUUACUAAAAAUUUUGGAUAAGUGUCCUUCAGAUGAAUUAAGAUCAAAACAAUAUUUAUAUGUUUCUCCAGACGAUAAUGAACUAAACCAAUGGGUGGAAAAGGAUGCAGAUACUUCUAAACAAGCUGGUAUUUCUUCCAGUUUCAUGACUUUACCUGCAUUUUACAAAACUCUAUGCUUUACUACUAUUGCAUCUCUUUCAUUUUUAAGACUUAAUAGAAUGCCUUAUAUUACUCAAAAGGGAAGAGUUACAAUUGUUUCAAUGAUUUUACUUUAUAGUGCAUGGGUUGGAAUGUUCAGACCAGCUUCAAUUAACAGAAUUUCUGGAAUUUUCAGUUCAUUAUUCGAAUCAACCAAAGAUGAUAAGACUACAAUUAGAGCGCCAUUCGUUCAUUUAAUUUUCCAACAAUAUCUUACAAUAUUUUCCUUCAUUAUAUGGUUGAUGAUGUAUAGAGCAAUCAAGUUUGUAAUUCUUCCAGAAUUAUUAUUAGGGUCUGAUGAACCAAUCAAGUUUUUGGAAGCUCAACAAGAAAAAGAGAAGAAGCAAUUAGCUCAAUCAACUUCAGAAAAUGAAAAUAAAUAA